UGGUACGCAACACCACGUCAAUCAACCGUGCUAGCGCACGCCGCUGCCUAUUUCGCCCGACAUCAAUCACCCUACUUCGACCUCAAGGCAAAAUGAGCAACGCAAUGAGAGACCUCGUCAUCGGUGAGGCCGAGCUCGACGACGAGGAAAAUGACGACUCCUUUGAUGAGGAGACCGGGGAAACUCGUGAAAAGAACCGUGGCCGGGACGACGAUAUGAACGACUCCAGUGAAGAAGAAGAUGAUGAUGACGAUGAGGAGGAAAUGCAGAAGGUUCGCGAAGGAUUCAUUGUCGACGAAGACGAAGAUGAAGAGGUCGACGAGGAUUCGGACGAAGAACGGAAAAGAAGAAAGCGCAAGCGCCGGCAGGAACGCAGAGAGGAAGAAGAACUCGAUGAGGAAGAUUUAGAUCUUAUUGGGGAAUCUAUCCCGGAAUGGGAGCGUAAGCAACCCAGCCAGAGUAAGUUCAAACGCCUAAAGCGUGGUCAUCGCGAUGAUGAAGCGCGCGGUAGCGAGCGCCGAGGACUCGAUCAAAUGUUCGAGGACGAAGACGAAGAAGUCGUCGAAGACCGCCCAUAUGGCGGACGAUCGAACCGUGCUACAGCCGACGAGUUCGAAGGCUUCAUUGAGGAGGACUAUCCUGAAGACGAGGACGAACUUCAACGCCAGAGAGAAGAUGAAGAGGUAGCUCGACCUCGGGAUAAGGGUGUGGCUGGCACGGUCAUCGAUCGGACCGGCCUCGAUAGAGAUGCUUUGGAAGACAUGGAUGCCAUCUUCGGCAAUGGCGCUGAAUACGAUUGGGCUCUUGAGGUAGAAGAAGAUGAAGAGGUCCGUAAGCAGGAAGAGCAAACCCUCGAGCUAAAAGACGUCUUCGAACCAUCCCAAUUAGCCGAGAAGCUCCUGACCGACGAAGAUAACGAAAUCCGGUUCACAGAUGAACCUGAACGAUUCCAGCUGGAUCGGAAGCCAUUCAAGCAUCUACAGAUAUCCGCUGAUCAAUUCAAGGAAGAGUCGCAUUGGAUUGCCAAUCUCAUGUGGCCAAAGAAGCAACUUGCCAGCGACUUACAGGUACCUUUCCACAAGGCUGUCGGUAAGGUAUUAGAAUACUUUGUAGUAGAGGAGCUCGAAGUACCUUAUGUGUUCCAACACCGCAAAGAUUACCUCAUUCAUGCUCGCAAGACAAGGAAUCCCGAACAUCGCGAUGAUCCAGAGGCCCCUGAAUACAUCGUUAAUGCCGAGAAGCUACUCACGCAAGAUGAUCUCUGGCGAAUUCUAGAAUUAGAUAUCAAAUUCCGUUCGCUUAUUGAGAAACGGAAUGCUCUGGAGAAGAUGUACGACAACUUAAAGGCUACCGCAGAGAUCGAGGAUGAUAUGGUUCCGAAGAUGAUAGCGCAGGCCGUGGAUAUGGAGCAACUCCAAGAUCUGCAAGACUACAUCAAUUUCCAAUACUCAUCACAGCUUAAAGAUAUCGCCGCGAUGAACGGGAACACCAAAGCGACUAAGCGACCAGGUGCAAAGUCUUCCGUCUUCGAUCGUGUGCGGAAAUCUAGAGCCUACAAAAUGGUCAAGGCAUACGGUAUAUCCCCAGACAGACUAGCUCAGAACGCGCUGCGUGAGGGCAGGAAAGUGAUCGCAGAUGAUGAACAGAGCUUACCAAUCGACUUGGCCGAUAGUCUUACCGACAGCGAUUUCCCCACAGGUGACCAAGUUUUACACCAUGCGAGACAGACCUAUGCAGAAGAAUUGUUUAUGAGCCCAAGAAUGCGCAAACAUUUUCGGGCCCAAUACUACCAAAUGGGCGAGGUCAGUUGUCGUAGAACAGACAAAGGCCUUCGUCGCAUUGACGAGGCACACCCAUAUUACGAGAUCAAGUACCUCAUUAACCAAACUAUUGCGGACCUAGCUCGCCGGCCGGAACUCUUUUUGAAGAUGAUGAAGGCUGAAGAAGAAGGGCUAGUAGAGGUGACUAUUCGUCUGCAAAACGAGCGAGAGUUUCUUCGGCAACUUCACGCCGAGUUUGCUUCCGAUAAUUACAGCGAACUUGCAGAUGCUUGGAAUAAUGAGCGUCAGAAAGUUCUCGAUGUUGCCUUUCCAAAACUUGAAAGAGUGGUUGUUAAGGGUGUUAAAGAUUCACUUCGUACAGCAUGCCAAGAGGAAAUCUUGAAAUCAUGCCGCGAGGAAUACCUCAAGCGACUUGACCAGGCUCCACUCAAACCAAAAGGUAUGAUCCUAGGGACCACGCCCCGGGUGCUCGCCUUAUCGAACGGAAUGGGAGAUCCCAACCGAGACCCUAUUUCCUGGGCUUGGGUCGAGGAAGAUGGUCGCGUCGUCGACCAUGGCAAAUUCGUCAAUCUUGCACGUGAUGAGAAACAGCGUGAGGCGUUCGUGGACCUUAUCGAACAUCGGAAGCCAGAUGUCGUUGGUGUUUCCGGCUUUUCAACGGAAACACACAAAUUAGUUCGGGACCUUGAGACGCUCGUCCAAGAGAAGCAUCUCAUGUGCCCUGAGUAUCUAGAUACAGAGACAGACGACUAUCGCACCGACCCGCUUGACGUACUCGUUAUUAACGACGAAGUAGCCCGCCUCUACAAGGAUAGCCCUCGAGCUCAAGCAGAGCACCCUACUCUGAGCUCCGCAACAAGGUACUGCAUUGCCCUAGCUAAAUACGUGCAAAACCCCAUGAAGGAGUAUGCUGCACUAGGAAAAGACGUAGCUACUCUACUUUACAAUCCCUGUCAGCACUUACUUCCUCAGGAUAAGCUAUGGAAAGUCCUUGAAACAUCCAUGGUUGACAUGGUCAACCUCUGUGGCGUCGACAUCAACGAUGCUGUCAGUGAUCCGUACACCGCGAACUUGCUUCCUUACGUUGCUGGCCUUGGUCCCCGAAAAGCCACUAGUGUCAUUAAGACUAUUAAUACCAACGGUGGCAUCGUCAAUACCCGCGAGGAACUUGUCGGUGAUCCAGACAACAAAAAGCUGCCCGUUGUUGGGCCUCGGGUCUGGAAUAACUGUGCCAGUUUCUUAUCUAUUGAGUUUGAUUCUUCUAAUCCUACAUCAGAACCCUUGGACAACACCCGUGUUCACCCUGAAGACUACGAGCUUGGCCGCAAAAUGGCCGCUGACGCUCUUGAGUUGGAUGAAGAGGAUGUUAAGGCAGAAACUGACGAGAAUGGACCCGGCGCUAUUGUUCGCAAACUGUUCAGAGAUGACGAACAGGAGAAGGUUAAUGAACUGAUCCUGGAAGAAUACGCAGAACAGUUGGAGAAAAACUUCAAUCAGAGAAAGCGUGCAACCUUGGAGACUAUCAGGGCAGAGCUGCAGGUUCCAUACGAAGAACUCCGACGACCCAUCGCCCCUCUUACAUCAGACCAGAUAUUUGUCAUGUUUACCGGCGAGACCAAAGACUCGCUCGCUGAAGGAAUGAACAUUCCUGUCAACGUACGUGUGGUGAAGGAAGACUUCGCCAUUGCCAAGCUAGACUGCGGUAUUGAAGGAAGAAUUGAAGCUCAUGAUGUCAACCUAAGGAACGGGGCGAUGCGUGACUCUAUCCAUGUUGGUCAAACAGUCCAGGCCAAGCUCAUCGACCUCAACCGCAAAGAAUUUCACGCCAAACUUUCGGUGCGGAAGGAGGUGGUACAAAAACCGUACAAACGACAAUCAGAUUAUGAUCGUCACAGCAGUACCUGGGACAGCAGAUUAGAAGAUCAGGACAAGGAAGACUUGAAGGAGAAGGAUAAGGCCACCGGACGCACGCAGCGAGUUAUCAAGCACCCCUUAUUUCGAACCUUUAACUCAACACAGGCCGAGGAGUACCUUGGGUCACAAGCGCCCGGCGAUGUGGUUAUACGUCCCUCAUCAAAGGGACAUGACCACCUUACUGUUACAUGGAAAGUUGCGGAUGGUGUCUUUCAACAUAUAGACGUACUCGAGCUAGACAAAGAGACCGAGUAUACAGUUGGCAGGCAGCUCCGCAUUGGGGGUAAAUACCAGUACAGCGACUUAGACGAGCUAAUUGUGGAUCACGUUAAAGCCAUGGCUAAAAAGGUUGACGAACUCAUGGGUAUCGAAAAAUUCAAGAAGGGAAGCCUGGCUGAAUUAGAACGUUGGUUAACUUCGUACUCGGAUGCCAACCCGAACCGCUCCAUUUAUCGGUUUUGCAUCAAUCCAAAGCAUCCCGGCUACUUCCACCUAUGCUUCAAGGCCAGCCGUAAUUCCCCCAUUGGCAUGUGGAACGUCAAGGUGGUCCCCCACGCCUUCGAGAUGAUGAAAAAUCAGUACCCCGACACACGGGCCCUCUGCAAUGGUUUCAAGUUGAGGUUCAAUAGCGAGAUCACAAGAAUGCAACAAGUGAGGAGGUAGAUGAAACAAAAGAUUACAUGUAGGCUGUUGUGCCUGCGGUACAGAUUGCCUGUUUCUAUGAGAUGGCUAUUGGCGGUCGAUAUAUUACUAGGUACCGGUACAAGCGCUUGAGAGCAUCCUUCGUAGUACAUUUCCCGGUAUAAACACGUGUAAUAACAUUUUUAUGUCCAUGGCACUUACCCUAACUGUUUUACAUUAUCAGCAUGGUGCAGAUCAGUAUAUUGCAUUGCUUGAGUAUUAGGCCUUCGUCGACCAGGCUCCGUAGAAUAGGUAAUCUAUAGACAAGUCGAUGCGAUGCUGAAUUCUCCUUGUCCUUCAUUUUCACUGUUUCUGUAGCUAAGAUUUGCUAGCCCUGCUGAAGGUGUUGGGAUGCGUCCAGGGAGAAACAACUAAUCCACACCCUCCCUAUAAGGUCAUAUAUCUGUUGAUUCUUUUAUCCUCAACUUCUUUUAUAAAUGGAA